AGGUUAUUCUGUGGGGGAGGUAUAAAUUAGGAGGUUGGGAUUAACAUAUACACACUACUAUAUAUAAAGUAGAUAAUCAACAAGGACCUACCGUAUAGCACAGGGAAAUCUACUCAGUACUCUCUAAUAACCUAUAUGGGGAAAGAAUCUAAGAAAGAAUAGGUAUGUGUAUAUGUAUAACUGAAUCACUUUGCUGUACACCUGAAACUAACACAACAUUGUACAUCAACUGUACUACAAUACAAAAUAAAAAUUAAAUUAAGAAAAUUUUCCAGGUAAUUCUGAUGCCUUUUGAGGGCCACCAACUGAAUGUCUACUCAAAGGGACUCAAAGGCAACUGGAGAUACAUUAAAACCUGCUAGGAGCAUAGGCUGUAGUUGGGAGAAAGAAACAAAAUUGUGUGAUAUAUAUUGAAAUUCAGUGUUACCAAGUGCUAUUGGAUAAAGUUAGUCCUUUCCAUAGUGUAUUAAUAAAAAGUAUAGGUAGUGACUAUUUCAGUGUUGGAGAAGAUGGAGUUGGAGGCAUCAUUUGAAAAAAGUAUGUGAGGAAGGGAGGGGGAGAGAGGGAAGAACGGGGGAGGAAAGGGGAGAGAUACAUUUCCUGGAGGACGUCUGAGUUUUUAGUAGAACCAAAGCUGAAAAGCAGACUUCUGAAUGUAAGAACCUAUCAGACUUGUAAGGCUUGUGAUUGGGAAUAAAUAUUUUAAAAAAUAUUUAUUGUGUAUUUUUGUAAGGAUAUCUUGAACAACUAAUAUGUCUUAUUUUGCCCAUUGGCUUACAGAUAGUGGGCUGUAUCUGUAUAUGUACAGAUAAUUUGUUUUAUCCCACACCUAAGACUUCCUCUGAUAUUUCUCCUGAAAUCCAUGUACACUAAUAUUUCUCACUCUACUUCCUGUUCAUGGUUUUCGUUGGGAUAAUAACCCAGUUAUCUAUGAGUUUCCCUCAGCUCACUGUUCCUUAUGUUUAGUUUCUUCUUCUCUUUUUAGUUCUGAAGGUCUUAUUUUAUUUAUUUUUUUAUUUUUUUUGCGGUACACGGGCCUCUCACUGUUGUGGCCUCUCCCGUUGCGGAGCACAGGCUCCGGAUGCGCAGGCUCAGCAGCCAUGGCUCACAGGCCUAGCUGCUCCAUGGCAUGUGGGAUCUUCCCAGACCGGAGCACGAACCCACGUCCCCUGCAUCGGCAGGUGGACUCUCAACCACUGUGCCACCAGGGAAGCCCUGAAGGUCUUAUUUUUAAAAUAGCAAAUAUAUGUGUGUGCAUUAUAGUUUUACUCUCCCUUUUCCACUAUAGCAGGUGUUUUCUAUUUUUCUUUUUUCUGAUCUAAGGGGAUAUAUAGGCUUGGGAUUUGGGGAUUUCAUCCUAGGAGCUUGGGACUAAAAAAUGAGAAUCACUGAUGUAAUAAAUUUUAUUUACAUAGGAAAUGUGUUAGCAUUUUUAAAGUAUACCUAAUUUUUCUUAUUUAUGACCUUAUAGACAGAAGCCAGGAAAACCAAGAUAAACAUUUGUGGCGAGUUUCACUCAUCAACAAAAAAACACUGACUAAGAAGAGAGAUAAUGUUUUCAGAAAAACACCCUGUCAAUAUGACUUACAUGGAAUGAGUUUGAAAAAUGUUUCAGAAUCCAUUAUUAGUGAUAAAAAUCAUUCAAGUAAGAACUCUAAUGAAAUUAAUGCAUGUGGGAAGUUGCUUCUUGAUAGUAAUCAAGAAAAUACUCAUCCUGGAAAGAAAUCUGAUGAACAUAACCAAGAUGGAAAAUCUCUAAGUCAUAAUGAGGACCCUACGGGGCAACAGAAAAUUCAGCCUCUGGGACCACCUGUUGAAGGUCAUGAAUGUGGUGCAGCUGUCCUUAGUGAGGCAGCCAUCAUCACACCUCAGAGGACCCAAACUGAAGAGAAGCCUCAGGAUUAUAAGGAACAGGGGGAAAAUACCAGUGACAAGUCAACCCUUAAAGUCCAGCAGGAAAUUCACACAAGGGAGAAUCAUUCUGAAGUUAAUGAGCGUGAGAAGUCAACCCUCUUUAAACAUCAGGAAGUUAAUGUGGAGGAGGAAACCCACGAAUCAAAUGAAAAUGGUAAUAAUUCCAGCAAGAAGUCCCAUCUCACUCAACUUCAUAAAACUCACACGGGAGAGAGAACGUUUGAAUGCAGUCACUGCAAGAUAUCUUUUUACCAGGAAUCCCACCUCACUCAACAUCAGAAGACACACACAAGAGAGGAACAAUGUGAAAGUAAUAAAUGUGGGAAAACCUUCCAGAAAUCACAGCCCACUGACCCUCAGAGAACUCACACAGGAGAGAAACCCCAUGAAUGUGAUAAAGCCCCUGAAAAGUCGGCCAUUACUGACCAGCAGAGGACACAAUCAGAAAAGAAGCUUUAUGUAUGUAAUGAAUGCAAGAAAUCUUUUCGUCAUAGCUCAGCCCUAAAGGUCCAUCAGAGAAUUCACACAGGAGAGAAGCCCUAUCAAUGUAAGGAUUGUGGAAAGUCCUUCUAUGCAAAAUCAAACUUCAACCAUCAUCAGAGAACUCACACAGGGGAGAAACCAUAUGAAUGUAAGGAUUGUGGGAAAUCCUUCUGUGUGAAAUCAAACCUAACUAAGCAUCGGAGAACGCAUACAGGGGAGAAACCUUUCAAAUGCAAUGAAUGUGGGAAAACUUUCUCACAGAAGUCACAAUUUGCUGAUCAUCAGAGAACACACACAGGGGAGAAACCCUACAAAUGUAUUGAGUGUGGAAAAUCCUUCUACUAUAAGUCAGCUCUGAUUAUACAUCAAGUAUCCCAUACAGGAAAGAAACCGUAUGCCUGUAAUGAAUGUGGGAAAACCUUCUGUGUGAAGUCACAUCUCACUAAACAUCAGAAAAUUCACACGGGAUUGAAACCCUAUGAGUGUAAUGAGUGUGGCAAAUCCUUCUCUAUGAAUUUGAUCCUCACUGUACAUCAAAGAACUCACACGGGGGAGAAACCCUACGGGUGCAAUGAAUGUGAGAAGUCCUUCUACAAAAAGUCGGCACUCACUAAACAUCAGAAAACUCACACGGGGAAACCACACAAAUGUAAUGCAUGUGAGAAAGCCUUCCUUAUGAAGUCAAUCCUCAUUAUACACCAGAGAACUCACACUGGGGAGAAACUUUUCAAAUGCAGUGAAUGUGAAAAGUCAUUCUAUGUGAAGUCGCUACUUAAUAUUCAUCAAAGAAAUCACACAGGAAAGAAACCCCAUGUAUGUAAAGAAUGUGAGAAAGCCUUUUCUAUGAAGUCAAACCUCACUGAUCAUCAGAGGACACACUCAGAAGAGAAACCCUACGAAUGUAAUGAAUGUCAGAAGACCUUUCGCCAUAAGUCAACCUUAACUGUACACCAGAGAACUCAUACAGGGGAGAAACCCUGUAAGUGUAAUGAAUGUGGGAAAGCCUUCUAUAUGAAGUCAGCCCUCAGUCAGCACCAGAGAAUACACACAGGGGAGAAACCUUACGAAUGUAAAGAAUGUGGUAAAACCUUCCAGAAGUCACACCUCACUAAACAUCAGCAAAGACACACAGGGGAGAAAACUUACGAAUGUAAAGAAUGUGGGAAAAAUUUCUUCCAGAAGUCACACCUCAUUGAACAUCAGAGAACACACACUGGAGAGAAGCCCCAUGAGUGCAAUAAAUGUGGGAAGUCUUUCUGUUAUAAGUCAGCCCUAACCAUACAUCAGAGAACUCACACAGAGGAGAAACCUUAUAAAUGUAAUGAAUGUGAGAAGUCUUUCUGUAUGAAAUCACACCUCACUGUACAUCAGAGAACUCACACAGGGAAGAACCUCUUUGAAUGUAAUAAAUGUGGGAAAACGUUUUAUGUGAAGUCAAACCUCAUUAAUCAUCAGAGGACCCACACAGGGGAGAAGCCCUAUGAAUGUAAGACAUGUGGGAAAUCCUUCUGUAUGAAGUCAACACUCAUGGUGCACCAGCGAACACACACGGGGGAGAAGCCCUAUGAAUGUAAUGAAUGUGGGAAAGCCUUCUGCAAGAAGUCAACUCUCUCUAAAGAUGAGGUAAUUCACACAAGAGAGAUACCCAAAGUGGCAGCAAAUGUAGAAAAUACUCCUGUGUAAAGUCACAUUUUGUCACACCUGAGAGAACUCACAGAAGAAACUGUAAGCUCUCUUAUAGCAGAGGACUUGUUAGGAGAGAGAUUCCCUGAGAACGUUAUUAGUAUCCACCUACAGAUCCACUAUAUGCUUCAGAGAAAUCACAGGGGAAAGGCAUCAGAAGUAUUAAAGCAUUUACAAAGUCACAACUUACUGAACAUCAGAUAAUUGAUAUUGGAGUGAAACUGUACAAGCGUUUUAUGUACAAGUGUUCAAGAAGAAAACCAAACUUCAUUAUCUAAGGAGUUAAUACUGAGGGGAAAUCUAUCAAUUUAGGAAAUAUGGAUACAUUUUUUUCCCUCCAGAAAUAAUGUAAUAAUGGAAGUCAUGAUUCUCGUGUGGUACCAACUUUUGAAAAUGUGACCUAAAAUCUGUCUAAUGCCAAUGAUACUCGUUUUGUAAUAUGAAGCCUUUGGAAACACAGGUUGCAGCAGCAGACUGACAGCAUUAGUCACGUGAAGUGUACCUGAGUUCUGUAAGAAGGCUUAGGUGUGUUAGCAACAUACCUAUGUUGUGUGUUUGAUUUACAUGGUGGAUGUCAAAAUAGUUGUCAGUAGGAGAUAUCUCCCCAUAGCUUAAUAAUUAUGAUGACAGAUUUCUCACAGUAAAUGCCACCAGUGUUUGUAUUUUGGUAUACAGUAUACAUUUUAAGUGAAAUACCUGACAGAUUUGAAGUACUGUACCACAACAUAUUAUUGAGAAAAUCAAAGUAUAGAAAACUAUCCAGCCUGUUACCUUUUGUGUAAGAAUUGAGAGGAUUCUCACACAUACACACAAUUACUUAUUUUUGCAAAGGAAAACACUAGAAGGAUAAACUACAAACUAUUAAAUACCUAUGAAGGCAGAAGUGAACAGGAGGGUAGAGAUAAGGGUGGAAGCAAGUUUUCUUUGAUUUUACCUUUUUAUGAAAUUUUGACCUUUGAACAAAUGUAAGUUAUUUAUAUAUUCAAAAGUAAAAAUAAAAGAUUCUGAAAUUGAAAACAAAUCAACUUAAUAUCAAAUCGGCAACUCAACCACACAAAAGAAAUAAUUAUUUGAAGAAACUUCUGAACUCCAUAUUAUGAUUUUACACCCUUAAUGGGAUGUGUUUAAGGACAAAAAGACCUGUAAAAAAUUAUAAAAUCAUCAAUUUUCUUCUUAAUAAUACUGGUAUUUAUUUGAAUCUAUUUUGUAUAUAUUGUAGGAUAAAGCAAAAAUAAAUUAUUAAAGUUACUAGGAAUCAAAACUUCCAGUUUAAAAGAGACAACCAUAAAAAUCAAAGAAUUUAUGUAAAACUCCCUAUAAUGAUAAAAUAUAGAUUGAAAAUAUUGCUCAUUAAAAAAAUUAUGUAUUUCAUAGCUCUCUCCAGCAUUGCCCCCUCCAAGGCACCAGGACUCCCUGGAGAAAGAGCUGAGUCUAGGUCUGGGCCCUGAGUGUCCAGGGUGAGCCUGGGACAUCUUGGUCAAAAGCCAAGGAAGCACGUGAACGUCAAUGGGUAUGUGUCAGAGGUCAAAUGUGAGGUAAUUUGGUGGUCAGACAAAAUGACUAUCACAUUUGAAUAAACAAAAAUCCGAGACUGCAGCUCAGUUCAUUUCCACCAUUGGAGGCAAAUCUUAAACUCCUUACUCUGUAAUUAGAAGAACUAGGUUUUCACCCUGUCCUUUUAGUAGGAGCAGCUUUUCAUCUCCAGUUGUGGGAAGACUUCUGUUGUAGAAAAACGCCAGCUCAUAAAUGUAGAAGGACUGACUGCUAAUUUGCAACCUCUGGUGCAUCUAGAUCAUUAGAUGGAAAGGAAGCGGUAUUUGUGUAGAGCCAGAGUGUCCCCCACAGACAUCUUACACACUGAAGCUGGGAAAAGUGAACCUUGACAAUUGAAUGAUUGCCCCACUUUAACCAAGUGAUCAAAUGAGCAGCAGUGACAUUAUGUCUUUUGAUUAAAUGUAAUAUGAAGUACUUACAUUGCACCGUGGAGUACUCUUACCAAAAUAUUUAAUGUGAAUCUAAUCAAGUGUUUAUUAGUCUUCAAGUUUACAGGAAACACAGGAGAUAGAGGAACAGCUUUUUUGGAGAAAACAAUCAGAUAAAUCUGGAAUGCAGGGUAUUUUUCCAGACAGCUGGCCUGGUCUUCACAAGUCAGUGUCAUUUUUAAAAAGAAAUGCAGGGAAGGAUUUUUCGAUUCAGAGAAACUAAUGAGACAUGAUCAAAUGUAGUGCAUGAACCUUGAUUGGAUCCAAAAGACAUCUGGUUCAAAAAGACAUCUAUGUAGAUACUUUGGAGAUAACUGGAGGAAAUUGAAUGUGGGAUGGGAAUUCAAUGAUAUUAGGGAACUAGAGUUAAUUUUCUUAAGUGGUAAUUGUGGUUAUGAAUGUUAAUGUGUGUUUCUGAGGACACAUUUGCUGACUGGAGAGAUGAGCUCAUGAUAUCUGCAGCAUUGAAGUGGACCAGGGGAAAAAUGCAUAUGUAAGUAAAUGAAGUAAAAAUAGCAAAAUUAUAGCAAGUGUUGAACUUAGUGGUAGGUACAUGAGUGUUCACUAUAUUUUUCUUAAAAGAGCUCUGAAAAUUUUUGUAAAAGGUUUUGGAAAAGUAUCACAUCACUUAUCUACUCUCUUACUGUCUUCUGGCAUACGUAU